AUGUCGAAAGAGACGGCGCUGUCAGUCGCAGAACGCGACUUUAUCCUCGAGGCUCUGCUCCAAAAUGUCCGUCUAGACGGGAGAGACACCAAUUCGUUUCGCCCUCUAUCGAUAUCGUUUGGCGAGGAAUAUGGGCACGUCAAAGUCAGGCUUGGGCAAACAAGCCUGGUUGUGCGAAUAUCUGCCGAAGUCUCGAAACCCCGCGAUGACCGCCAGGCGGACGGCCUCUUUCUGAUCGCUUUAGAGCUUACAACAAUGGGGUCUCCAGCUUGGGAGAAUUUACGCCAAACCGAACUCGAGACGUAUGUAUCGCGGGUACUUGACCGUGUUAUUCGUCACUCCAACGCGCUAGAUACAGAGUCUUUGUGCAUUUUGAAAGGAAAGAGCUGCUGGCAUAUCCGAGCCGACGUACAUGUGACGGAAUUCGAUGGAAAUCUUAUAGACAGUGCCUGCAUUGGCAUCAUGACGGGCUUGCAGCAUUUCCGUCGUCCGGAUAUCGAAGUCAAAGAGGGACAGGUUACGGUAUUCAGUCUGGACGAGCGGGUGCCGGUGCCACUCAACAUUACGCACAAGCCGCUGGCAAUCACAUUCCAAACAUUCCACGAAGGGAAAAUCCUCAUAUUGGACGCGACACGCAAAGAGGAGCAAGCAUCCGAGGGGGACCUGAUUAUAGCCCUGAACAACGCGGGUGAAACAUGUGCGGUCUACAAGUCUGCAGGAAGCCCCGUCAAUGCCAUCGAAGUGAUCAACAAGACGGGUCUCGCAUUGCAGAAAGUGCGGGAGAUCAACGGGGUUAUCAGCAAAACACUCGAGGUUGAUUUGGCCAGACGCGCAAAACAGAACCGCGCGGUGGAAGCCAGUGCUGAGAAUGACAGAGAAGGAUGA